AUUUAACCCAUAUAUUAUAAACAGCACACGUGGCAACAAUAACAUACAUUUUAGUUGUGGUAUAUAUGAAUAUAUUGUCAUUUACAUUUUUGGAGUCAUUUACCGCUUCCUUCACCUGUACAGAAACUUUAAAUACUUUUUUACCAAAUGUACGUAUAAAAUUAAAAAAUGUUUACCACCAAACCAUUAAAAUUGAAAUUUCAGUUGUUGUGCAGCAGCAUCAUGGUCAAUAUGAGUUUUAUUUUGAAAAAAAAAGAAAAAAACCGGACGUAUUAUUUUGUUAAACUCCUGAAAUUAACAAACUAAAAGGCGUUUUGAACUCGUGCCAGUGCUGUUUAUCGUGUGCGGACUGCUCACAUGUGGCCACACUAGGUUGCAUUGUAUCAAAUGCACCUGGUACUUUGCUGGUUAAUUAAUGUGACUACACACAAAGACAACUUUUAAGUAUUUUACUUUGUCGUGUUUCAAAAAAAAUAUACUUAUCAAAUGUCAUGGCAUACAGAAGAAGACGACAACUCUCACUUCCAGAUCACAGGGACAGACAUGUGCCCAACAACAUGGACCAGCUUGCUUUCAAAUACAUGGAGAUGUGUAAGGUGGAGUCCAGCACUGAUUCUGACUCAGAGAUCAGUCCAAGGUGGUCGGACACCAGCACUCUGGGAUGUGUGAGCAGUGCACCAGAGAGUGGAAAUUACCGGCGGACGUUGCUGUUAACACACAAGCCUGCAGGAAAGCAUGGCUGUUAUUCUCUGUUUUUGGACCCAUAUGAUGGGAGCUCUGAGGAUUCUGACGAGUCAAACACCGAUAUGAGUGUCUCCAGCAGGCGAAUGAGGCAGCAGGGAAAAGGUGGAGGAGGAGGAGGCUGUCGGUUCACGGGCAGGAGCAGGAGAUUUAUCCUUAAUCACCCUGCGUCUGUCGCCCUCAGAGAAGUGGUGAAAAAUGGGAUGAGAGAUCCUGUGUCAGAGCAGCAGCAUGGUUUGGAUGUGAAGUGUGGGAGUGACUCUGAGCUGUGUGUCUGUGGCCCUCUGCCCUCCCACAGUGACCGGGAUGGUUGCAGAGAUAUUACAGAGGAAAUGGCCGAUGAUCCAACGAUGCAAACCAUGGAUAUAGAAUUACAUUGUCAGGGUGAUGAUUCAGGCUUGAACACUACAAGAUCCUCCACACCUCACACACCUGGACCUGUAACCCUGGUGGAAGGGAGCUCGUCGCAGAUGGUGGAUAGCUCCUCGGAGAGACCCCUGUGCCCCUGUAACCUCAGAUCGCUUUACAAGAGGAAGCUGGGUUUCCUUGGUGCAGAAGUGGUGGAGCUGGAGCAGAGAAAGAGGCAGUGUGUUGUCAACAUGGAGGACAAACUUAAGGGAAGGGACUCUGCAUCUGAGCCAUGUUAGAGCCGUCUAACCAUGGACUGACAGGCUGAAGCUCUCCUGUCACGCUCAGUGCCUUAAAUCAUUUAAGGUAGAAUGAAGGACUGUAAAAAGUUACUUGGCAAUGCACUUUGUUUACUCAUGUAUAGAUAAAACAGUGUAGAGACCUAAAGGUUUAUUUUCUGUGUCACACAUUAUGGCUUGUUGUCUUUAAACGGUUAUUAUUUUUGUUGGGAAAUUUACCAUAGUAACCUCGGUCUCUAUAUUAACAGACCACAGUCCAACCUAUGCACCUGAAAUUAAGGAACUGUU